AUGUCAGUCAGCAGGUACAUCGCCGAUGGGUACUCUUAUCGCGUCGCCACGGAACGGUCGCCGAACGCACGCAACAUUUCCAUAAAGCGGGGUCUUGAGACAGUUGGCUUCCUUUCCAUUCUCGAAACCUACACUAUCUCGUCGUCCACUUCUCGUCGUGCACGCCGCUGCCUUCGCCUCAUGCCCGUUGGAAGCCCUCUCUUCUACAUUGUGCCCUCCGGAGAGUUGACCUCCUGUGGUUGA